GCCCCAACCGUGUCCGAUCCGCAUGGCGGCGUCCUGGGGCGUCCACUGUGAGGACGGAGCUUCCUCUCCUCAGGACCCACCCGGGAGGGGCCGGGGCUUGGGACACCUGGGGCCGCGUCCGCUGUGAGGACAGGGAGACACUGCUGCAGCUCCAGGACACCUGGGGCCGCCGAGGCGAAGGGGUAAAUCUUUUCAAAACACUAAAACAGGUGACUCAGCACUGUGAGCUCUGUGCCUGACAUGACCCAAACAGCCAGCAAUUUUCUCCUUCUCCAGUUAAACCUGUCCAAAAUUGAAGAACCUAUCCAGCAGGCGUAACCCAUUACCUAUCCUCAGCUUUAAGAGUCCAAUAUCACCUUCACUCUGCUGGAGACUGCAGUCCUCGGGAAAGGUGAAAGGGCUAAUCCUACUCUAAAGAAGACUGUAGCUAAAUCAGAGCCUAUCUCUAACACCCAUAGCUUACUGCGGGUUAGAACUGCUCCAACGUAAAACUUAUAAUUAAGUCCUGUUGAGUUAACAUAUGGAAGGCCUUUCCUAACCACAGAUCUCCUAAUAGAUGAAAGGACGCAUCCAUUAUGAAAAUAUGUCGUCAAUCUAGGACAGGUGCAAAGGCACGUUGUGAAUAUGGAAACAAGAGUCUUCCCCUCCCACAUGGGAGGAAAAUUCAGUUUCAGCUCAGCUAGGGAUCUAGUCUCACUAAAGACGCGGGAGGAAGUUCUCCAGCUGAGCAGCUUUCCCCAACGUGGAAAGGAUCACGCAGGGACACCUGAGCUCUCCAACAGACGUUCAACGCCAAGGGAUUCACAGUUCUGGGAGGUGAUCUCCGAUGAACAUGCCAUCGACUCCGCUGGCACCUACCACGGGGACAGCCACCUGCAGCUGGAGCGCAUCAACGUGUACUACAACGAGGCCAGCGGUGGCAGGUACGUGCCCCGCGCUGUGCUCGUGGAUCUGGAGCCGGGCACCAUGGACUCUGUGCGCUCAGGGCUCUUCGGGCAGAUCUUCAGGCCGGACAACUUCAUCUUCGGUCAGUGUGGGGCCGGAAACAACUGGGCCAAGGGACACUACACAGAAGGCGCGGAGCUGAUGGAGUCAGUGAUGGACGUUGUCAGAAAGGAGGCUGAGAGCUGCGACUGCCUGCAGGGUUUCCAGCUGACCCACUCCCUGGGUGGCGGGACUGGGUCUGGGAUGGGCACCCUUCUGCUCAGUAAGAUCCGGGAGGAGUACCCAGACAGGAUCAUAAACACAUUCAGCAUCCUGCCCUCGCCCAAGGUGUCAGACACCGUGGUGGAGCCCUACAACGCCACCCUCUCAGUCCACCAGCUCAUAGAAAAUGCGGACGAGACCUUCUGCAUAGAUAACGAAGCGCUAUAUGACAUAUGUUCCAGGACCCUAAAACUGCCCACACCCACCUACGGUGACCUGAACCACCUGGUGUCUGCUACCAUGAGUGGGGUCACCACGUGCCUGCGCUUCCCAGGCCAGCUGAAUGCUGACCUGCGGAAGCUGGCCGUGAACAUGGUCCCGUUUCCGCGGCUGCAUUUCUUCAUGCCUGGCUUUGCCCCACUGACCAGCCGGGGCAGCCAGCAGUACCGGGCCUUGACUGUGGCUGAGCUUACCCAGCAGAUGUUUGAUGCUAAGAAUAUGAUGGCCGCUUGCGACCCCCGCCAUGGCCGCUACCUAACGGCGGCUGCCAUUUUCAGGGGUCGCAUGCCCAUGAGGGAGGUGGAUGAACAAAUGUUCAACAUUCAGGACAAGAACAGCAGCUACUUUGCUGACUGGCUCCCCAACAAUGUAAAAACAGCCGUCUGUGACAUCCCACCCCGGGGGCUAAAAAUGUCGGCCACCUUCAUUGGGAAUAAUACGGCCAUCCAGGAACUCUUCAAGCGUGUCUCAGAGCAGUUCACAGCAAUGUUCAGGCGCAAGGCCUUUCUCCACUGGUACACGGGCGAGGGCAUGGAUGAGAUGGAAUUCACCGAGGCCGAGAGCAACAUGAACGACCUGGUGUCUGAAUAUCAGCAAUAUCAGGAUGCCACGGCCGAGGAGGAGGAGGAUGAGGAGUAUGCUGAGGAGGAGGUGGCCUAGAACUCUCCUUUUCUAGGUAAAGGGGGGGAAGCAGUGUGGAUUCUUUACUGUGUUGACAGCCAUGUGUCACUACGCGCUUGUUCGUUUGUGUCUUUGCAUCUCCUCCUGCUGCAUUUUAAAGCAUUUUUAUAGUAUGUAGUUUUGCCUAAUAAAGUAUUUUCACAGCA